AUGGUUGUGACGGCCCAAGGUAUAAUAAACGGUGGUGAUGUAAGAAAACUCCAACUCGCUGGGAUCAAUUCCUGCAAUGGCCUGAUGAUGCAUACCAAGGAGAACCUCACUGGAAUCACCGGUUUAUCGGAGGCAAAAGUCGAGCAGAUAUGGGAAGCGGCUGAGCAAAUUGUGGCACGUGCGGGUGCAUUGUUUCCUCCCCAGAUCGAUGAAAACGACUAUCAGAAACAUCAACAAGAGAGAGCUAUUCGAACUUACCUCAUGCAUCAGGAGCGCAUUAAGCGUCUCAGAGUUUCAAUUCAGUUAAAUAAAGAAGUUGGCGCUGGAACAAAACUUGAUGAAAAUGGGAUCAGGGAUACCACAUCGCCUGGUUUCAGGGCUGCCACAUCGGCUGGCUUCAAGGUUCGACAAUGGGAAAGAGAACUGGCGGCUUCUGAGAGGAUAGUGAGAAACAUUCAGGCCCAA